AUGAAGGCCUCUAUUGCUACUCUUGCUCUCGCCUGCGGACUGGUCUCCGCUCGUCGGGACCCUACUCCAGAUGAGAUUGGAGCCCUGGAGUCUAGCGGCAAGGAGGCGCAUUCCUGCUUCGUCGGCAAUAACCCCUCUAAGAUGCGCUGCCUGCUUAUUCCUGGCUAUGAUCAAAAUACGUCUUUUGGCAAGAUGGGUGUCAACACGAUAUGCGGGGACAUGGACCGUUGCAUUGGCUGCGUAGAGGAGGAUAGCGAGGGCUGUUACGCGUGCGAUUUGAAAGUCGGGAAUGAGCUCCCGACCUUGCCCAAGCCCUCUGGCAUGCAGCGGGUAAUUUCCGAGGGAAUCCAGUACUGUCACGAGCAAUUUCCCCGCCGGGUGUUUCUUGAGGACUGCGUUGAUGCUUACCUUCGCUACAUCCGCUUCAAGGGCGAGCCUAAGUUCAAGAACGCAGCGAAGAUCGACAAGUAUUUUGACGAGAUUUCGUCGGCCGCCAAGCGGGUCGCGGAGCGCGAAAUCAAAAACAACUAUGGUGUCGGCCCGAAGCACGCAGGCGCCUCUCGCCGCUAA